GCCGGAAAUGACUCGUUAUGGAGGAGGCUUGACCAAGUUUACGUCCACAAUCGCUUGUAUUUUGCUUGGGAAUAGGACAUUUUCACAAAUCAGAAGUUAGGCUUAGAUUGUAUUGAAAUACUGAAAAUGCAAAUACAUAUCCGCAAAGCUAAAUAUUAGUGUGAUUUUGCAAACGUUUGGUAACGGUGAAAGAAAUGUGCUCAAGUCAUUCUUGAUGGCUAACGUUACCACUGUAAAGUUGAGGCUCCGGAGAUAAGUUUGAUAUGUGUAGCUGUGAUGCGAGGGAGAUGAUAGUAGCAUAUAGAAAAACCUUGAAGAUUUUCUGAACCUACUUGAUUGGACUCGAAGUAAGACUUGUGAUACUUCUUACGAACCCUUGUAUGCUGACUCAUAUAUUCCAGAAAGAAUGAUGACCAACACACACCCGAGCACGAAGACUUCAACAGAAGAUAGCCUAAUGAAGAACGAGGGGAGUUAUGAAAUCUCCAUUCCCUUUGAAGACAACAACGGGGACCAGACAAAUUAUUUCAAUCAAAGUCAGCAACCAUUUGAAGAUCACCCAUCCACUGGACAACAGGCCCCAUGUGACUCCUACCUACUGAUCUCAAACCUCCGCAUGCAGCUUCAAAUCUCUUUGGAGAAGAACUCAUGGCUGCAGAAGCGCAUAGAGGACCUGGAGGAGGAAAGGGACUUCCUACGAUGCCAGUUGGAGCGCUUCAUCAACUUCACCAAGAGCCAGGAAUUAAACGACCGGCAGGCGGAGCCUCCACAGGCAAGCCCCCAGAAGACCCCCUCCCGUCGACCCUCAAGUCCGUUCCCAACUCCCAUGACCACUCGCUCGUCUGUCUCCCGCCAGCAGGCGAGCCGUAAACGACCAAGCAGUGUUCAGGGUGAGCUUGUGCUCACCCUGAACACUGAACAACAGAGCCAGGUUUUUCAGAAGCUAACAGCUGAGGAGGACUAUGAGGAUGUUGUGGAGGAGUACCUGGAGGAAGAUGGUUACCUAGAGGAGGAGGAGAUGCUUUCUUUUGAGGAGGAUGGCAAAAUGUCUAAGAAGGGGAGAUCUGGAGGCAACGCCAUCCCAGGCACGCGCGUCAAGAGGACUCGCGUGUUCCGUAUCAAGAGGGGUAUGGAGAGGCAGCGAGUUAAAGACCCUGCAGGUGUUCUCAUCCGCUACAAAAAGAUUUUGGUGACCUACCAGAAGCUGAAAAGUAUGUCCAAGGCCUUCCAGGUGCAUGGCGUGGACCGUAACACAGUAGCUUCCACCACGCCCAUUGCGGAGCUCCUCCUGGUGGCUCCCGAGAAGGUGCCUGAUGUGGGCGAGUUCGACCCGUCCAAGGAGAAGCUGCUCGAUUACGCGCGGCGUUGCUACAAGGCACUGGACGAGGCUUCGCAGGCCAAAGUGCAGGCCCUGAAGAAGAACAACCUCCUACUGCCCAUCUCCUACCGCUUCAGGAACUGAGGAAGCGGAAGUGGGACACUCUUGAAAACGACUCCUCUCCCGUUCAGUUAGUAAAGUGGCAGGCAGUGGCAAUGGGAGAUCGACGUUGGGAGGAACCGGUUCCAUUAAGCAAGACUCAAAAAAGGCGGCGGUGUUGAUUACUUUUUCUCUCUACCUCAGCUCUUGCGCAAAAGUGAUGUGCCGGACUAAGGCACACAAAUGGACAUGGUUGAGUGUGAGGAAUAUCUUUGGAUGUUCCUGGGGGUUCCUGAGGCUAUACCUCGCCCUUGCAUAAAUGCAGAGGUGCACUUCCUCCUUCUAACUUGGCUUCAGGUGAAAAGCAGAAGUUCUGAUGAACUCCACAGGACUGACCAAUUAGAGCCAAGAGCGUGAGGCUAUGUACUUCUUGGAAGUUGAGAGAUGGCAUAGAAUUAAAUGAAAAUAUUUCUUGAGGCGAUUGAUGUAGUAGGUCACUGUAUCCCAAAGGCUCCUUUGCCCUUUAUCAUUUUCUUUUUCCUUUUUUUAGAUUUUUUUUAUUUUACACCAUGAGUGUAUGAGACAAAGACAACAUAUAUCCCACUUUUCACAACCAGAAUUGGACCCUUUUUGUAAUUCUUUUACUACACCAUAGAUUUCUCAUAAUUAAUUCUUGCUGAAUAUUGUUUACCCUCCCAGACACGUGCCUCUGAGUGUCUUGAGUGAGGACUGAGUGUCUGUUAACUUAUGCCCCUGGUUCAAUCAUGGACCAAGAUGAUGCCUGGUGAUUUUAAGAAAGAUUAGAUGUGACUUGCCAACUAAGAUGACAUAAUACUGUACUAGUUUGUUGGAUGUGAAGAAAUUUGAUGGUGGCAAAUCCUGGUUUUCGGAAGUUUAUGACAUAAUAUAAGAGUACUUUGUGAUGAUGAAAGCCAUUAACAAAUGAUGAAAAGUUGUUGGUGAGCAGUUUUGAAAGAACGGUUAUUUGGGAAUAUUUGUUGAUGUGGAUGGUUCUAUCCAAUGUCCCUUAGCCUAAGUUUCAUUGAUAUACAAUUAAUGCUUUACCUUUGCUUUACCAAAUCAUGUAAAAAAAGAAGAAAAAAAGCGAAGUCAGUAAAUUCUGUCCUGCUGGAGGUCACGGUGUAGUUUGAAUACAUGGAUGCCAGGCAUGCUGUGCCGCCCUUGAAUAAAUGCAGAGGUGCACUUCCUCCUUUUAACUUGAAAAGGUGAAAAGCAGCAGUUCUGAUGAACUCCACAGGACUGACCAAUUAGAGCCAAGAGCGUGAGGCUAUGUACUUCUUGGAAGUUAAGAGAUGGCAUAGAAUGAAAUGAAAAUAUUUCUUAAGGCGAUUGAUGUAGUAGGUCACUGUAUCCCAAAGGCUCCUUUGCCCCUUAUAAUUUUCUUUUUCCUUUUUUUAGAUUUUUAUUUUACACCAUGAGUGUAUGAGACAAAGGCAACAUAUAUCCCACUUUUCACAACCAGAAUUGGACCCUUUUUGUAAUUAUUUUUACUACACCAUUCUGAGAAAUCUAUGAAUUCUUGCUGAAUAUUGUUUACCCUCCCAGACACGUGCCUCUGAGUGUCUUGAGUGAGGACUGAGUGUCUGUUAACUUAUGCCCCUGUUUCAAUCAUGGACCAAGAUGAUGCCUGGUGAUUUCAAGAAAGAUUAGGUGUGACCUUGCCAACUAAGAUGACAUAAUACUGUAGUAGUUUAUUGGAUGUGAAGAAAUUUGAUGGUGGCAAAUCAUGGUUUUUGGAAGUUUAUGACAUAAAAAAGAGUACUUUGUAAUGAUGAACAAAUGAUGAAAAGUUGUUGGUGAGCAGUUUCGAAAGAACGGUUAUUUGGGAAUAUUUGUUGAUGUGGAUGGUCCUGUCCAAUGUCCCUUAGCCUAAGUUGCAUUUGUAUACAAUCAGUGCUUUACCUUUGCUUGACCAAAUCAUGUAGAAAAAAAAGAAAGAAAAAAAGCAGCGAAGUAAGUGAAUUCUGUCUCGCUGGAGGUCACGGUGUAGUUUGAAUACAUGGAUGCCAGGCAUGCUGUGCAUUCUCCCACUUGUGCUCUCCCUCGACCAAGGAUCCUAAGAGUACUGUGUUCCCAAUAUCUCAUCAAUUUAUGAACAAACAAACAAAAAAGAGAUUAGUGGUUUGAUAUUCAUUCAGUGACCCCCCCCCCCCCCCCCCCCCCCCCCCUUUUUUUUUUUUUUUUUUUCAAGGUGCUUAAAUAUUUGGAAUGUUCUGUUAUAAUGAACUGGCCAGGGAUUUUUUUGUGACAUUUUGACCAGCCACUAGUAGGUUUUGUUUUGUGUCAAAAGGAAGGUGGAACGACAAAUGUGAGGGCAGAUGUGUGAGAUGAUAUUGUACAUAUGCGUAUUUCCGAUGAUUGAUUCUUGGCUUCAUGAAGAUGAUCCAAAGCUUUAGCUCCACACUGGCAAUAGUAGACACUCAGGAGGCAUAACAAUAAUGCUAGAAUUUGUUUUAGUAUAACUGUCUUGUUUUGGUAGUAUUAAAUACACCGGUAGCAUCUUUACUUUUUUUAUAUUAUAAACCUUAUGAUGUCCAGAGUUAAACUUUUUUCACGGACGAUUGUCCUGUUCAGAUAGACAGUAAUCUGCUGUAGGAGAAAAAAAAACUAUUCUCUUUAACUGAACCAAAUAGUGUUUCUGUGUUGCCCUUUGGUGCUGAUCUUUGUUGAACUCAGGAUUUUAACCAUGGGACAUCGAACGUUAAUCCUGCUAUUAUGCUAAAAUACCUCACCCAAUGUCAUUGGCAGGUAAUGAGUUCGGAAUGCCAGUCAUAGUGUAUUGCCCUCAUAGCCUUGUCAUACUCGAUUGCUGUAUCACAACUUCCGAGUAACAUUGUCCAGAUGGGAAUAUUACCAUAUGGUACCAGUUUUUGAAAAGGCAAGGCAAGACAUGAAUAGUGAUUGGCUGGUAUAGUCAUGUCUGUUCCUUGCAGGAGACUGCUGAUGUACCCUCUUGUAGCCUUUCACCUUCUGUUCCCCUAUGUGUACCUCUUCCAGAUACUGUGGAGAUAGCCAGUUGUUAGGCAGGAACAUCAUGUAAUGGUGACUGUGAGGAAAAAUUAUGCCAAUUGUGGUCAUGCUCUUCACAUCUGUAAAUAAAGCUUUCCAAUUUCUCUAA